CCAAAAAAAUGCAAAACAAACAAAACUUCUUCCAAUCAUAAUUUAUUAAUUUUUUUGAAGCGGAAAUUCCAACGUGAACUCUGAAACCUCCGAUCAGUUCGUCGUCAUCACUCUGCUUCUCGAAUCUCAACUCUCAUGGCGGUGGCGGCAACUACAACGAACCUCACUGCUCUUCUUCUUCCUCGUCCACAGUUUCAUCACUUCACUUCUUUCUCUUUCAUCACUCCUUACUUCACCACCGUCGGACUUUCUCACUUCAACCUCGCCAACAACCACCCUUCCAAUCGCCAAAUUCUCCCUCUCGUCAAAGCCACCCAAGGCUCUCUCGAUUAUGUGCCUGAUUCCAAAUUCUACAAAGUGGAGGCCAUCCUUAGGCCAUGGAGAAUCCAAAAUGUUUCUUCGGCAUUGCUGAAGAUGGGUAUUCGAGGUGUAACAGUAUCCGAUGUGAAGGGCUUUGGUUCUCAAGGUGGCUCUAAAGAGAGACAUGGUGGAUCUGAAUUUUCUGAGGACAACUUUGUCACUAAAGUUAAGAUGGAAAUUGUGGUCGUUAAAGACCAGGUUGAAGCUGUCAUAGACAAGAUAAUUGAGGAGGCCAGAACUGGUGAAAUUGGUGACGGCAAAAUUUUUGUGAUACCAAUCUCAGAUGUGAUUCGAAUUCGUACAGGCGAACGUGGAGAAAGAGCAGAGAGAAUGACCGGAGGACGAUCCGACAUGUCUGACAACAAUCGAGCAACACAGUAAGAAAGAGAAAAUGUUGGUGAGUUUGUAACUUUUGUUCCAUGGUGUUGGCGGCUACCUUCCUCAGAGUUUGGUCCUUGUGGAGAUGAGGAAAAUAAAAGAAAUAGUAAGUUAUAAGUUGUGUAAUUCAGAUAAGUUUAUUUCUCUUGGAAACAUCAGACUUGUAAAUAUGUAACUUCCUCAUGUUGUCAUAAAGAAAUGAACCGCAUUAGGCAAUAAUCAACGCAUAAGCUACCAUGCCAUCUUCUAAUGUACUUUUGAUGAUUAGAUGGUGAAUCCUAGGAGAGGAGUUGUCUUGUUCUUUAAUAUAUUUACUUAGGACUUUGUUUAAAGUUUUGCAUAUGUGGUUGUAUUUGAUAUAAAAUCCUAACUUUCGUUUUCUUUUGAGUUCAAUAAUAACUCAAAACUGUGGUAGUGGGUCUA